AUGAACGCAGUGAUAGCAAUGUGUACGUUUUGCGAGAUCCACGGUCCAAGAGUGAUCUUUACAACUCAGACGUACAGGAGUUUUACAGACGAGAAAGAGUCUAUGAAAAAGCUGAGAUUUUAUGGGCCCAAACAAGUAAUGCAACGGAGUUUAAAUGUUAGUGAUGACUCGAAAAAUGAGUGUGACGGUUGUCGUAGCCUGGGAAACGUUAAAUACUUGAGUAACGAGCACGAAAGCAGAACAUCAUUUUUGUCAGCUAGGCAACCACUUACUGAAGAUAUCCAAGUUUUAUUAGGACAUGCUUGUAUUAGUAUUUUUAGGAGUUUGAGCUGCGAAUUACAUCUUGGUAAAGACGGUAUCUGUUACUUUGGUGAUGAAAAUCGAGGGCAUGUAUUGAGCCACGCUUUUACAUUAAAAGAUGCUCAAGCUCGUGGAAUAAGACGGUCGUGUAGUUUUAUAGUAUUUAUGAAAGACAAACAAUUUCUCCUGAACAUGUGGCCAUUUUUUGUUGACAACCUCAAACAAAUAAUCCGUGAGCUUCAGGACUUUGCUGAGCGUAAAUACAACUCUGAUGAAGCUGAAAAUCCUCAACGAGCUGCGCGAUUAUUAUCAGCCAGAAGCGAUGGAUCUACCGGAAAAAAAAAAACAACUCCAAGAGGUCUCUGUGAGAUAACUAACGAGAAGCAUGUUUUUAUAAGAAUCCACAUGUGGCUAGUCUGGAUUUUGAGUGCUGGAGCUCGUCAUCUUGUCGAAAUUUGUCCAAUUUCAAACGACUUAAUUGAAUCUCCUUUAACUUACAAUUACCUAGCCCGAGAUUUACAAGGAAAACUUGGUCGAACCACUGAAGGGUCAACUUCAGCGUUUCUCCUCCGUAAUGAGGAUUUCAAACCCAGUCCAGAGUUUACCGAAAUAUCAAAAAAUAAAUUCGCAACUUGGAUUCUUCGCAAUAUAAAAUCGUACUUGACUAAAGAACAAUUCAGGCAGUUGCUGUACUCUAGUUUAACGGGAAUUCAAAUUUUAGUUCGUGGACCCGAGGAUAAAACUCUAGAGGCUCUUUACGCACUUAGUUCUUUGGUACCGCGAGCUUGUCGCCGGAUAAAGCUCCAAGGUACCGAGUACAAAGACAUAAACGAUUUUAAUUUUUUAGGUAUAGACUCGUCAGUGGCUGUUCCGGUCUGUUGCUCUAAUAUCUGCAGACUGGAUAUUGUCUCAGAUAAACAGCGACACGAAUUGUCUUCAGAUACAAAGCCAUACGUGGUUAAAUGGUCUGGAGUGUUGCCAAAUAAACUUCCAACACUUGUAAAUAAAUUAGAAAAAUACUUAGACAAUGACAAGCUUGAUGAGGUUGUUCUUAACAAGCAAUUAUUGGUUCUGCAACAAGAGUGGGCAAAUAUCGCAAAAAUUGUACACACCAUGCGUGGUAAUGGGCAUCGCAAUGAUCUUACUGGUCUGAUUGUAAGCUUGGGUGCUGGAUUACAAGAUUACUCCCUUCUAGACUCUUGGUCGAUGGGUUUGCCUUCAAAUCCUGCUUAA